GUUUGCCCCAGACUGCGGCACAGACACCAGUCAGACCUGUUUGCGGUUGCCUUGCACUUGACUGCAUUCUAACAAUGCUUUUGCACAAAUAUGUGUUUUGAUUAUUGCCACCAAGAGAAUCAUAGGACUACGAAGCUGAUACACCAAACAGAGGCUGUGCUCUUAUUUCCUUACUCCUGUUUUGUUUUUGAGCAGCACAUGAAGCAAACUACCAUCACAUCAAGCAGAAGAGACAUCAGGAGAUCUUGGUGCACAGAACUGCAUGGUGAGUCUGCAUUACUGGGGCAGGUCGUGUACAGAUAGGACCCCCCGAAACACUGUACCACCCCCGUUAGAAGACUAAUGCCCGCGACACAGUGGUCCACACCAGAGGAGGAUGAGUCCGGCCGGGGAGGCUCAGGCCCGGGAGGCCAUAGAGGCAGAGAAGAAGAAAAAGCAGCAACAUCAGCAGCAGCUACAGGCGCAGAGCUACAUGGAGAAAGGGGUUAUGCUUGAGCCCUUUGUGCACCAGGUGGGGGGUCACUCCUGCGUGCUGCGAUUCGGGGACCAGACCAUCUGUAAGCCCCUCAUCCCACGCGAGCAUCAGUUUUACAAAAGCCUGCCUGCUGCCAUGAGGAGGUUCACCCCACAGUACAGAGGGGUGGUGUCCGUGAGCUUCGAGGAGGAUCACGAAGGGAACCUCUGUCUUUUUGCAUACCCCCUACGCAGCGACCCCACCGACCUGGAGAACAAAGAUCCCUCCACCGAUAAUGAGCCCAAGACUAAAAUCGUUAAACUGAGCAAAAAGAUGACCUCCUCGCUGAUUGUGGACAGUGAAAACUACAAAGAUGAUCAUCGGCCUUCUUGCAAAGAUAAAGAAAAAAGUGUCCAUAAACUACAGGAGGAGGUGGAGCUGGACUGGCUGCAGCAGGCCGAGGUGCUGCACUAUCGUUUGGAGUGUACUCAUACUAAUGCGACCCCGCAGCUAAAGCACAACCCCUGGAGUCUCAAAUGCCACCAGCAGCAUCUGCAGAGGAUGAAGGAGAACGCCAAGCACCGCAACCAGUACAAGUUCAUUCUGUUAGAAAAUCUAACAUGGAGACACACAGUUCCAUGUGUGCUGGACUUGAAGAUGGGCACCAGGCAGCACGGGGACGAUGCCUCAGAGGAGAAGAAAGCUAUGCAGAUCCGCAAGUGUCAGCAAAGUACGUCAGCCUCCAUCGGGGUCCGGCUGUGUGGUAUGCAGGUGUACCAGCCUGACACGGGCCAGCUGAUGUUCAUGAACAAAUACCACGGGCGUAAACUUACUCUGAGCAGCUUCAAAGAGGCUCUGUUCCAGUUCUUCUACAGCGGUCGGCGUCUGCGGCAUGAGCUGCUGUCCCCUGUCCUGCGGAGACUCUGCGACAUGAAGACCACGAUUGAGGACUGUGAAUCGUACCGUUUUUUCUCCAGCUCUCUGCUCAUCAUCUACGACGGGGCCCACGGGAUGCAGAUGCACAGACGCGCUGAGGAUGGGCUGUCCGAGAAAGAGGAGGACAAUGACGAAGAGGUGCAUGUUCAAAACGAGGUGGAGGAGUAUGAAGAAGCAGAGGCAGGAGCGCUGAGUUUUGCAUCCACUGAAACCUCCAGCACUAGCCACAAUGUGGAUGUGGACGUCAGGAUGAUCGACUUUGCGCACACAACUUGUAAACAUUAUGGCGAAGACAGUGUCGUUCACGAAGGACAAGACAGCGGCUAUAUUUUCGGCCUCCAGAAUCUAAUAACAAUCAUAUCAGAGCUGGAGGACCACAGCACAAACCAAGACUGAGACAUGACUUUCAGAGGCACAAAAGGGAUGACCAGACUUUAAAAAGCAGCUGACUGGUUGGGGGUGGAACGCCUUGCAGCCAUUCUUAGUAUAUCUCUUUCAUUUGUGUGUCUUUGGGAUAUAUGACGCCAAUAAGGCAGCAGUUACAUCGUCAUCAUAAUGUUUGAUGUCUGUUACCCAUAAGGUCUGGAUGCAGCAGAAAUACUUUUUUGUGUGUCUGAAUCUAAUCAAAGGGUUUGGCUAUGUGCACACUAAUACAUUUUACUGCCCUGCAUAGUGAAGGGAAAUUCACAAAACAAGAUGUAACUGAACUGUGGAGCGUUUAUGAAGAAUGUGCCAUUGCAGUGGUUUGAAAUGCACCAAGUGUUGGCCUUAAUAGAAAAUACUGCAGCAUCUAAAAACAUGGCAAGUUGAGAGUUGUAUUUGUGAAAAAAAUCAAUGCAGCUUUAAAUGUAUUAGUGUGGACGCAGCCUACAUAUUUUGCACAUAGCACAUUCAGGACGAGUGUGUGUUAAACGAGGCUUUCUAAGGGAGCGAGAAAUGUAUUUACGAUUUUGCGUGACAAGAUGCAAGUUUGAGUAGAGCUCAUUCGCCUGUCCGUCUAGAGAAUAUAACGACAUAGAAUUUAUACAUUAUUUAUUUGACAUGUUUCAUAAUAAACUAAAGUGAAAAGAAGCAAAUGGAGCGUACUACAUUCCAUGUUAUUAAUGUUACAAUAAUGAUAUUAAUAAAUAUUGUUAUUUGACAUGUUUGGAUACCUCUAUCUUAUCUGUGCUGUCCACAGUUUGUCAGUAG